AAAAAAAGUGUUUUUUUUAUCAAUAAACCAGGCCUUAAUACUCAAAUGAUACAUGGUUUAGCUUGGUCAAGACUUGGUGAGUUAGUCAAACAAAAAAAAAAAAAAAAAAAAAAGGGGGAGGGUGUCAAUAUUAGUGUUACUGGAUGUAUCUCACAUUUCAGUACCAUUAACUUCUCAGACGUUGAAUCUCUUAAACAAAACGAUGUCGAUAAACUUGAAAAAACAUUUUCCUUAAUCAAG